GCUAGUAUACGUAUAAAAACUUGGACAGGGUUCUAAUUAAUUUCUUUAUUAUUUUCCAAAUUCCAAUCAAAAUUUCCAGUACGACAGUUUGGAAAGCGAACAUUGAAAUUCAGAUAGGGUUCAUUGAUUGAUACGAAUAAAAAUUGAACACGACUUAUCGUCUGAAGCAUCUGGCAGGUUGAUUAGUUAGUCCCUUUUGUGUCAAUGAUUUGGUGAUUUUGAAUCUUCGGGUGCAGCGAGAUAAUCGUGAAAAUUGGGUCUCCAAAAUUUGUUUUACUAGCUAGUAGGAUAUAUUGAAUCAUGUGUUGUGUUGCAGGAGGGGAUUUUGUUUCUUGAGCUAAACCAAAACAUGAAUGAAAAUACUGUGAGGUCUGCUGGUGCAGAUCUGACAGCUGCUAUAGUACCAUUGUUGAAGCUGCUAUGCCUAACAGUCAUUGGACUACUUCUUGCAAACCCAACAAUGCAAUUCAUUCCCAAAGCUACAUUUAAGCUUCUUAGUAAACUUGUGUUUGCAUUGUUCUUGCCGUGCCUUAUAUUUACUGAGCUAGGUGAAAGCAUUACUCUUGAAAACUUUGUAGAUUGGUGGUUUAUCCCUGUUAAUGUGCUUGUGAGUACAGCUCUUGGUUGCUUACUAGGGUUCUUAGUGGUGAUAAUAUGCCACCCACCUCCAGAGUUAACCAGAUUUACUAUUAUAAUGACGGGAUUUGGUAACACUGGAAAUCUGCUGCUUGCUGUAGUUGGAUCUGUUUGCCAUACUAAAGAUAAUCCAUUUGGGAAGAAUUGCAAUACCAGAGGGGUGGCAUAUGUUUCUUUAUCUCAAUGGGUUUCUGUUAUCCUUGUAUACACUCUUGUUUAUCAUAUGAUGGAACCUCCUAUAGAGUAUUAUGAGAUUGUUGAGGAAGAGGCUGAGAUCGAGGAAGAGCGGACACUGAAUGAUAUCAGUAGACCACUCCUUGUAGAAGCUGAGUGGCCUGACAUUGAGCAGAAAGAGACUGAACAUUCUAAGACACCCUUUAUUGCCAGGAUCUUUAAAAGCAUCUCAGGUGUUUCCUCGUCUAAUAUUCCUGAGCUUGAAAGUGGUGGGACUAGUCCAAAGUCCAUUAGAUGUUUGGCUGAACCUAGAGUUGUAAGGAGGAUCAGAAUUGUUGCUGAACAAACUCCCAUUCAGCACAUACUUCAACCCCCAACAAUCGCCUCUCUAUUGGCCAUCAUCAUUGGCACAGUGCCUCAGCUGAAAGCUGUGUUCUUUGGAUAUGAUGCUCCGUUAUCUUUCAUUACUGACAGUUUGGAGAUUUUAGCUGGGGCAAUGGUACCUUCUGUGAUGCUUAUAUUGGGGGGUAUGCUUGCUGAAGGACCGAGUGACUCUAAACUUGGACUUAAAACUACUAUUGGUAUUACUGUUGCAAGACUCCUGGUGCUUCCUGUCCUGGGAAUUGGGAUUGUGGCAUUGUCAGAUAAGCUAAAUUUCCUAGUUGAGAAUGAUGCUAUGUUUAGAUUUGUGCUUUUGCUACAGUACACCACACCAAGUGCUAUUUUACUGGGAGCAAUUGCCAGCUUAAGGGGUUAUGCAGUUAGUGAAGCUUCAGCUCUUCUCUUCUGGCAGCACGUGUUUGCUCUUUUCUCCUUUUCCUUGUACAUUGUAAUCUACUUUAGAAUAGUUAUGUAUGUCUGAAGUUGCAGUAUAUCUUAUUGCCUUGAAGUUGUUGUGAGGUUAGAAGAUUGUUGCCACUGUAUUGUCCUCUACUGCAUGAGGUAUGACGGGGAUAAAAUUAAUUAUUGCAUUGUGAACUGUAUCGGUUUGGCACUGAUGAAUGAUGCAAAUAAUUUUUUCCUAUGAUUUUGAGCUGGGUAGAUCAACUUUAUUUAUCCUU